AUGUCUCGCGACGUGGUGGAGAAUGGCGCCCCCACUACUCCGUCAUCCAACGCGCUCCCUGAGCCGCAGCCAGAUCCCCAGACCCAGACCCAGUCGCACUCUCAGUCGCAGGCCGACCGACUCGCGCGGCUGCCCGACAAGCUGCUGCUGCUCAUCUUUGACAUGCUAGCCCACGAGUCGAGGCACGACAUCUGCAACGUCUCGAUCCUCAGCCACAAGUACCACACCCUGGCCGACCGCAUCUAUCGCAGCAUCCUCUUCGAAUCGCCCGAGCACCAUCUUAUCUUCAGCGAGUCGCUCGACCGCCGCCCGCGCCGUGGCUCCAUGAUCGAGAACAUCAAGCUCGAGUACCCGAGCUCCGAGCUGUCGCACCUCAUCCUCGACAGCGCCCUCGACCAGCAGUCCGCCCGCUCCAACACCUUCCGCAAGGGCGUCGAUGGCCUGUCGCGCGCCCUCGCCUCCAUGUCCAACCUCGAGACCCUCGACAUCGCCGUCCCCGUCAAGCUGCUGCACGGCAUCGGCGCCCUCUUCAACGGGCCCUUCGACCUCGCCGGCCUCAAGACGUGCUCUCUGUUCUACCAGUGCCCCGACAACGGCUACUGGGACCUGCGCGAGAACAUCCACAUCUUCACCCAUCCCACCCUCGAGACUCUGACCAUCCGCCGCGCCAAGCUCGACGAGAGGGGCUUCGACUUCAUGGAGCGACCCCAUAGCACCGCCCUCAAGUCCCUACGCCUGCUCGAGUGCGACAUCAACGACGACUCGCUCGCCGACAUCAUGGAGUUCCCAGAGGGCCUGCGCGAGUUCUACCUCUACCACACGGCCGAGCCCACCCCUGACCUCGAGGAGGGCUCCGACGAGAUCUGCGAGCACAUCAUGGCCCUGAAAGACCAGGCAGAGACCCUCGAGUCCAUCACCAUCGACCACCCCACCCUGGGCGGCCGCAGGGUCCUGCGCCUGCGCGACUUCCAGUCCGUCAAGUACCUGCGCCUCAACCGCGACACCCAGCUGUUCGGCAAGACGGGGCGCAAGCCCCGCCUGCACUCGGCCGGCCUGCCCCCGCGCCUCGAGGUCCUCGAGUUCACCGAGCCCCUCGGCGGCGACGACACCGUCACCGAGCUGUUCGCCAUGAUGCUGCAGAACAUCGAGUUCAUGGCCCGCGAGCUGCGGGCCCUGAUCGUGGUCGAGGGCCCGGACGGCGUGCCGGAGCAGAUCCUGGAGGCGUGCAAGGACAAGAAGUUCGAGCUGGACAUCAGGCCGCAGGAGGACGGGGAGGCCAACGGACACCCGCGGCCGCCACCACCGCUAGAAACACCAAAGACCAAAGACGAUAGACCGGGAUACCCAAAGACGCAGGACACAGCAUGCGAGAAACUCAAGAUGAAGGACAGGGUGCGGUGGAACGCGCUCAGCGAGGAGGCAUGGUCGAAGCGCGGCGAGACGGAGAGGAAGCCGUUCGAUCCGGCCUGA